AUGAAGGUACUCAUCACUAACGAUGACGGCCCCCUGAACGACGAGUUUUCACCCUAUAUCAGGCCCUUCAUACAGAAACUGGUCGCGCUUAAGCCAGACUGGGAAAUCACAGUCGUUGUGCCAGAUGUGCAGAAAUCUUGGAUUGCAAAGGCACAUCUCGCGGGGCAUAACCCUUCGAUGAAGUUUAUAUACUCGAAACUGUCAUCGACGGAUAACUCGUACUUGGGGCCAUACAUUGAACCACAGGGGGGUUCCAAUCUCCCCUUCCAAAGGAGAGAUCAACCACGCAGUAGCAAAUUAUCGAGAUCGGAGUACAUAGAGUGGGUGUUGAUCGAUGCUACACCUGCAUCCUGUGCGAAUAUCGCUUUGUUCCAUUUGAACACGAAAUUCGAUUUGGUGGUGUCAGGUCCAAACGUGGGGAGAAACGCAUCUGCGGCGUAUAUUACCUCUAGUGCUACAGUCGGCGCAGCAAUGGAGGCCGUGAUCACAGCAGAUACAAGGGCCAUCGCUCUGUCCUGGGCGUACUACGACGGGAAAAAGGACGCCUCGGACUCACUUAUGGGUACCGUCGCGGAAAGAUCCGUCAAAGUACUGCAGCACUUGUACAACCAUUGGGACCCACAGGUGGACUUGUACUCCGUUAACGUGCCCCUCUUACCGGAAUUGACCGGAGUCCAGUACGCGCCUAUCUGGGAGAACAGGUGGGGGUCCAUCUUUGACGGGCCUACGAUCAAGGAGAGACCAGAUAACUUGGAUAUCGAGGACGGGAUGGAACAUGACAUGAUAUCGUUCCGUUGGAACCCGAAUUUCAAGGGCCACAGAGACUCGUCGAGGGUUUUUCCAGGGACGCAGCAUGACAUGCUUGUGAUCGAGAAAGGUGGGAUCAGUGUCACACCUUUGAGAGCCACUUUCCAACAUGUGCCGCACCUUGUAGGGGAGUUGUCCCUAGAGGAUACUAACUACUCGGUGCUCAUCACCACCCCGGAAACAGAAUACAUAUACAAACCUCUCCUAGCGGCGGUACACAAACAGAUCUCAGGUGCAAAAACGUAUGCUACUGUGGAAGAUAUUCCAAUUGCUCAUAGGAAACCACUGUUCCAUUACGGCGACUACGAACAACUCGAUAUGGAUAAACUCUCAGAACAGAAUAUGGACUACUGCGCAAACUCAUACAUUUUCAGGAAGGCGUUGAUCAGGAAACACUACCUGUCAAGCACCAUCCAUAACUACGUUGUGAAGCAUCCUGACUCGAUCCUAGCCACAGCGUUCAUGGAGACCUUCACUUUGGAUUUGGACUACGCGGAGUUCUUGGACGACUCGUUGGAUGAGAACUGGGAGUUGAGGGGCGAGCUGGAGGAGGGGAAGAAAUGGUGGAUUGUGAAACCGUCGAUGUCGGACAAGGGUCAAGGGAUCCGUGUGUUCAAGACCAUUGAGAACUUGCAAAGAAUAUUCGAUUCCUUUGAUGACGAACCAGAGGAGGCAAACAGCGAGGACGAGGACGAAAAUAAAAUCGUCAUUUCUCAACUACGCCAUUUCAUUGUACAGCAGUACUUGGCCAACCCUCUGCUACUGCGGUCCAUGGGCAAUCGGAAAUUCCACAUCAGAUGCUACAUUACCUGUAAGGGCAACUUGGAGGUGUUUGUGUAUGACAGAAUGCUAGCACUCUUUGCACCAACCCCGUAUCUUGGAUGUCCAGCAGACCCAGAGGCGUUUGAUCCGAUCGAUCUGAACACUCUACAAUGCCAUCUCACGAACACGUGCCUGCAAAAGGAUGACAGUAAGUCUCUCUCCGUGGUAGAGUUCGAUAAUCUGGAGGACAUCGCGCAGGAGAAUAAGAGAAAGGUUAAGAACCAGAUUCACGCUAUAGCCCAUGACGUUUUCUUAGCGGCUACUACGGUCAGUAGUUUGAACUUUCAACCACUACGGAACGCCUUCGAAACUUAUGGUGUUGACUUUUUGGUGGAUUCAGAAUACAAUGUGAAACUCCUGGAAAUCAACGCGUAUCCUGAUUUCAAGCAAACCGGUGACGAGCUCAAGGGCUUGAUCGAUGAAUUGUUCCAACUGAGCGUGAAACACUGUAUCAGGCCACUACUAGACGGCGUCGAUAGCGACGAGGAUGACAACUUCAAGAGAGUGCUAUCCCAUACGCCCAAUAAAUGGUGA